GCCGCCAGCCCGCCCCGGCGCCCGGAGGGAGAUGCGGCGCCCAGCGAGCGCCCAGACCCGCGCCCGGCAGUGAGGAGCACGAGGCAUCAUGGUGAGUAAGGAGCCCAGCAAAUGCUUACUCACCACCUCGGAAAGCGAAGUUGAGCCUGCAGCUUCGCUCGCUUUGGAGAUGAAAUAUGCACUGGAUCCCAACCGGCAGAUAAAGAAACGCAACAAAGCCCUGCAGGUGAGAUUUAAGGAUAUCUGCGAGGCCCAGAACGAGCAGCGGGACAGGCAGCUCUCCACCACCCCGGAUACAGACAAAAGAGAAGCCAAGCCCGUUUCCUACAAAACGGCGUAUCGCAAAUACAUGACGGUGCCUGCCCGGAGGUCCAUCCCCAACGUCACCAAGAGCACAGGAGUUCAGACAUCCCCCGAUCUCAAGAAGUGUUACCAGACCUUUCCUUUGGACCGGAAAAAAGGGAAUAUCAUUAAAAGCGCUUCAGCUGUUGACACCUUUAAGAGCGAAAACAACGGCUUCCUGAUAGAUAUUAAGGAGAAGGACAGCAGGAGCUCGGAGGACGGCAGCCAGUGGGGCAAGAAGGCCGGCAGCCUGCAGACGGCCGAGUUCAUCUCCCACGUGGGCGAGCGGGCAAGCACGGGGCCCGGAGCGGCCUGGACCUGGCAGAGCGCUGAGCUGCACGGCUGCGGUCUCCUCAACGCGGCCGAGCCCGGCAAGGGCAAGCCGGGAGCCGAGGAGCCGGGCCAGCCCCUCCACGGGAGGGUAUUUAAGACAGAAGUGGCCACUGUGUACCUGCCGGCGGGCAGCUCGGACGCCUCGCAGCCCGAGCCUGACUGGUCGCUGUGCCAGGCGGGCGAGGAGGACAAAAAGAGGACCGUGCACCUGAAUGGCGUUCAGGCCCAGGCGGGAGACGCAGCCGCCUGCCCGUCGCAGGCGCAGUGCCGGGCCAGCGAAUGUAGCGAGCGGGGCCUGCAGGUGAACGCGGCGCCCAUGGAGGCUGCGCAGCCCUGCCAGGCCGCCGUCGCCCUGAGCGAGGAAUGCCAACAAAUCGUGCCUCACACGGAAGUUGUGGACUUGAAAGCGCAGCUUCAGAUGAUGGAAAAUUUGAUCAGCUCGAGUCAGGAAACCAUCAAAGUGUUGUUGGGUGUUAUACAGGAGCUAGAGAAAGGAGAAGCUCACAGAGAAGGAACUGCACGGGAAUCAGAAAGAAGUGAUGAUCCCUGAGGUCUGCUCCAAUCCAAGCCAUUCUAUGAUUCUAUGACAUGACGCUUGUCAAAUCACAAGGCACAGAAAAAUAUGUCUUGGUUGUAACUCAUAAUCUGACCAUUUUGAGCCCUGUAUGAAACACAAGCACCUACCACAAAGUGACCUGCUAUAAAUAAGUAUUCCCUCCAUACACCUACAUGUCAAUUUUUUUGUAUGCCCAAUGAUACUAGAAAGCACAUCCCACAAAUACUUAUUUUUAAUUACCCUCACAUGAGCUGACCCAUUUCAUGAACCCAGCAUUAGAAUGGCAUCUAUGCCUGCCCUCAGCGCAAAAGAAGUCUUGCUCAAACUAAAAUGGUUGCUGAUAUCUUCAAAUCGACCCUCUGAAGCUGCUAACCAGACAAAGCUGUAGCCUGUAUGAGCUCUAAAACAGUGGGACUACCUGUGAAUCCCAGUUCUUCACAAUAUAGUACUGCCUCUUAUAUACACAUUUCAGUGUAAGAGUCUACAAGGCUUUAUUGUAUUUGAUCAAGAAGCCUAUUUAGUAGCACUCCUUUACUUUUUCCCCAUAGGUUACUUGGCAAUGGUGAAACAGUCUUUCCCCACCACCCAAAGAUACAUCAUGUUUUGAACUCAUUUCUGGCGUGUGGAAGAGGCAAUUAGGAUGUUUUACUGAUUCUUUGAUGUUAACUGCAAAAUCAUAACCAGUGGCAGUUACACCAGCAGUGGAGGUUAAUUAUAAAAACUGGAGGCAAAAUAUCUACAAAUCAAAGUAAGCCUUCAGAUGAAGGUUUGUUUUAAAUACAAGGGCAUUCAAAUGUAUUGCCUUGGAACUUAGAAAGAGUAGCAAAGACUUCCAGCUCCCCCUGCACAUGCCAUGGGCUUAUCCCAGAUGUGCCUCCUCACAGCCAGACAUGAGGGGUGUGGGGAUGGUGAAGGAGGAAAGGAGAGAGAUGCAUACUUGUACAUUUUCUCCUGGUUUAGGAAUCCCUGUAUUUUGGAUCCAUUUAACUUCCUAGCACCUGGGAGAUCUACAAGGAGAUGCAAAAAGGAGCCCAGCACUAUGCCUGGGAUGCUUCUGUUCCCCACUGAGUGUAUUCCAGAGCUGAAAGAACCAUCUGUUCUCACGCAAAGCACCAGUGCAUUAAGUCAAAGCAUAUCUUUACCCUUAUUUCCCUCAAAUUAGGCAACCAUUUCAAUAAAAGGUACUCUGCCCUUUUUUUUUUCCCAAUAAUUCUUGCCCAUGACCACAUUCAUUUCUACAACGUUUUGCCACCACGACCAACUCCUGUGUAUACAAACCAUCACAAAUCUUCUCAAUUUCAAGGUGUUGACAUUUCUUCCUUUAAUAGCCCCUGACUCCUGUUAGGUCAAUUUAUAACAAGAAAAUGAAAGAAUUACUACAGCUUCAUCUCUGCUUCCCUGGCAGACAUAUACAAGUCUGCCAGGAACUAAAACAAAAAACAGUGUUCUGUGUUUAUGGUACUCUACUGGUUUUCUUAUGUAUAUUAAAUACAUAACAACACACAGAAAGAAACACAUACAAAUAAUGCACUGCUGGCCAAAAAGGAAAAAAAAAAAGAAAAAAAAAAAGAAAAAAAAAAAAGAAAGAAUGAAAAGGAAAAGAAUAUACAGUAUAUAGUUAACUCUCUCAUUCAGAUUUUUCUCCCUUCAAGAAAAUCAGCGUUCUUUAAGUGCAGUUGUGCCAUGGGACUGGUGCUCAGUAGAUUCAUUUUCACUAAUAUGCUGUAGGUCUUGAACUGCUAUUACUGCAAUUCAUCACUAAAUGAGUCUACGCCAGCAAAAGUGUAUCAGCAUCUCUGAAGAUAGCAGUAUCAUCCUUUGGGUGAACAUCAUCCAUGUAUACUUUUCAAAAUGUCAGUAGUACAUUAUCUGCAAUUAGCAGCAACAUGCAGCACUCAACUCUGAUGAAGAGCAGUUGAAAAAACAGGAGGAAGAAAGGAAUAUCUUGCCUUAACACCUGACAAGAGGCAGAGGGCUCCUGCUGCCCAAACCUGAUGCUUCGAGCAUGCAUCAUGUCCUCUCUCCUCUGACUGAGGAUCAUGCUCCAAUUUCUUGGUCUCAGAAUGCAAAGUUGGAGCCGUCAGGAAACACAGCUCUUACCAUCAGCUGCAGCAUAAUUUUGAUGCAUUAAAUCUAUCUGAACAGCAUGGCACAGAUCUGGAGAUGGGUUAGAAAUCAUGAUGGCUAGCUUGUGACAUCCACACACACCCCAAUCAAAGAUGAUUGUUAAAACUGUACGUUUCUUGCAUGCAUCAUUAUUUAAUAACAUUUUGGCAAACAGCGAUUCGGUCUUUCUAUGUGGAGGUCUCAACAACAACAAAAAUACAUCAUAGCCAAGGGCAUUAAACAACGUUUGGUUUAAGUCAUGCAUGAAGAGAAGUAGCAGAGCUACAGCUUCCAUUCAGGCUUUCAGGUGGGGGAAAAGUACUGACUGUUACGUGAUGCACUGUGCAUCUCCAAGACCCAAAACAAGUUACUGGCUCUGAAUUAUGCUUGCUUUAUCUUGUAGUAAACUGUUAGCAAUCUAUAACAGCUGCAGACAUGCCUGUAUUCAGACACAGUGCAUUCAAUUAAGCAAGCCAAAAUUCUGCUCUGUUUACCUGUAUGGAGCCACACUAAGUCAAGAGGGGUGAAAACAAAAUAUAAGGCACUAAUUUCAAAACUUGGCUGAUGAUGGUACAGCAUAUGAAAUAUGUUACAAGAGAAGUACUCAGAAGAUGAACAGAUAACUGAAAAUAUCUUGCAGCUGGAGAACACCAAUGACCUACCCCUUAAAUCUUUACUGUGAGAAGGAACAGUAAUCAAGGCCCUUCUUAUUAUGCAAUAAAUCAGUAAUUUUAAUAAACAAAGCACUCAAUUUGCCAUACAAAAAUGAGCCACAGUGUUUUGACUCCGCCAGGCCAAAUGCUACAUAUUAGACAAGAGUUACAUGAACCUGCUUCAGCGAUCAUUCAUAUUCAUUUGUUAGUACACAGUGGUUCAGAAUUUAAAGAGCUCUCCACAAACAUGAAAGCAGCAAUCCCAGACAACACCAGCAGUUCAGAGAGCUCAUUCAAAGAGGCUUUGAAAGAAUAUGAUCUCAUGGACGGAUUUUAAAUGUCACUGCAUGCAUCCUUCCAAUGAAUACGGGAUAUUUGGGUGCCCUAUUAUCAUUUCUAAGCAGCAAAGUGAAGCAAAACCGCCUGUGUUUGCAUGGAUGUUAAAGCAAGGAGGAGAGGAGGGCUUCAUCCAGAACAGAAAAACAGCAGCCUUACCCCACUACCUCUGCUCUAACAAUUACUGCAAGCAGUCACCCUCAGGAUCACAAGAGCUGAACAUAAACCUAUCUGGACUCAAGAACGAUGAAAAAUGAAAGUCAGAUAGCCAAAGCAAUUAUUGCCCAGUUUGUUUGUUUUUCUCCCUUUUCAGCAGCUACUCCAAGCACAGUCUGGUUAUUCAGCUCAGGCGAAGGGUAAAGAGCAAAUAAAGGCAGUAACAACC